CCGCCAUGUCCGAGACCGCCCCCGAAGCGCCCGCGCCCGCCGCCCCGCCGCCCAAGGCCCCCGCCAAGAAGGCGCCGGCCGCCCCCAAGAAGACACCCGCCGCCGCCGCCAAGAAGCCCCGCAAGGCGGCCGGACCCAGCGUCACCGAGCUCCUCACCAAGGCCGUCGCCGCCUCCAAGGAGCGACACGGCGUCUCGCUCGCCGCCCUCAAGAAGGUCCUCGCCGCCGCCGGCUACGACGUCGACAAGAACAACAGCCGCAUCAAGAUCGGCCUCAAGAGCCUCGUCACCAAAGGGACCCUCCUGCAGACCAAGGGCACCGGCGCCUCCGGCUCCUUCAAGAUCAACAAGAAGCAGGCAGACGCCUCCGCAGCCAAGGGACCCAAGGACAAGGCCGCCGCCGCCAAGAAGAAGCAGCCCGCCGCCAAGAAAACCAAGGCCGCCGCCAAGAAGCCCUCCGCCGCCGCCGCCAAGAAGACCAUCAAGAAGGCGCCCCUCAAGAAGAGCCCCAAGAAGCCCGCGCCCAAGAAGACCAAGGCCCCGGCCAAGAAGCCCGCGCCCGCCAAGAGCCCCAAGAAGGCCAAGGCCCCCGCCAAGACCAAGAAGACCAAGGCCGCCGCCAAGAGCCCGGCCAAGCCCAAGGCCGCCAAGCCCAAGCCCAAGGUGGCCAAGACCAAGAAGGCGGCGCCUGCCAGCCAGCGGGAGACCCUCGCCCUCCUCCCCGCCGCCGCCACCCCAAAGGCUCUUUUCAGAGCCACCCACAAAAUCCCCGAAAGAGCUGAACUCCCUCCUCUCCAAUGCUUUCACGCCUCGCAGCAGCAGGGCCAGUGCUUUGGCUACGAGCCCUGGGCAGCCGGCCGCCCCUUCGGGGGGGCAAGCUCAGACGCCCCUCACAGGCCCACAGCGGGGCCCAGCACUCGGAAAUCACCUUCCCCAGUCCUUCCACCCCCCUCUUUCUUCCUGGCAAAGGAGACAUUUCAGCCUUUUCAAAAGAAUAUGUGGUGGCUCUUAAAAGAGCCUUUGGGUCAUAGAGAUGGGACGUGA